AUGACGAGUGCGAAAUUGGGCCUCGUGACGACGUCGUCGUCGUCGGGAAGAGGCAUUUUUGGUGUCGGGCAAACAACGCGACGGGAGAAACGACAGCGUUUCAGAAGAACGACUUUCACGACGGAGAGAAGGAAGAGGAGGAACGGUGAUGACGACGAUGAUGAUGAUGAGAACAGUCCUUUCUUCUUUUUCGGGUUUGGGCGGCGUCGAGAGUCUUCGUCGGUUUGUGCGUCUUCGUCGUCUUCCUCUUAUCCGCCGUCGUCCUCUUCUUCCAACGACGACGAAAGAAGAGAAAGCGUAAGAACGAGCAAAAGCGCGGAAAAGGAGAACCGUGAUGAGAGACGACGGUGGAGGAGUGGGAGUGCGAGUAGCAGCAAAAGCGCAGCAAACGCCUCCUCCACGAAGAACAACAACAACGUUACGUCUUGGAGGUCUCCAAACUCUUCUGCGUCGUACGGGAAGAACCAACGAAGACCAACGUCGUCGACGGCUUCGUCUUCCUCUUCUUCUUCUGCUCCUUCUUCGAUGAUGUCGCAGUUUUCGAAAACGGCCACUCCGGCGGAAAUAUGCCAAUCCGUUCUCUCUGAACUGGAAAAGAAUCCGGAUAAACCAGGUUUACGAGUGACCGUAUUCAGCGCCGUGCAAGCGUUGGCCAUCGAUCGAGACUGCGUGUUGCACUGUUGCGCUUUGUUGAGGGAGUGUUUGAGCGGGAAGUACGGCGAAAACGCCGUGUCGAUCGUUUCCCCAGCGACGAUUGCGUUGCUCGUGCGCGUGGAGAGGGCGCGAACGAAAGCGCUGGGAUAUAGAAAUAGAAGUUCGAGUCGCAUGAGAUACGUCGCGGCGGUGUUCAAGUUAGCCGAAGAGAAGUACAAAGCGCGGAAAGGCGGAGAAAAGAUAUUUUGUUCGUUGGAAAGUUAUUGCGACGUGAUUCAGAUAUUAGCCAAGUUUUGUUCAGAAGAAGACGAGCAAGGGUACUAUGGCAGGUUGCAACGGCAGGCGCCGUAUAGUUCUCUGAAAGCAGCGGCGGCGAGGAGUAGCGGUAGUAACAGUAGCAAUAAUAAUAGUAAGAAAUUACUCGAUCCAAAGUGUCUCGCACUCGGACCGAGAGUAGAGCCGACGUUGGACACGGCGUUAGAUUUUUGGCGACGUCUUGAAACGCACCUCACGGAGGAGAAGAAAACGUUUCCGGCCGAGUUUGACAACAACGCGGUCGUCUCCGGCGUCCGAGCUUUCGUCUCCGCGAAGAAGCGGUCCGAGGCGGAACGGUUUUUAUCGAAAGCCAAUCCAAAGUUACUCUCGGCGUCUUGUUUCAACGUGUUGAUUGAAUCGUUUGGAGACGAAAAGAACGUCAAAGGUAUUGAAUCGACGCUGAAAAUGAUGCGGGGAUUCAACGUCCCGGAAAACGAAGCCACGUUUGGCGCUUUAGUCACCGCGUUUGCCAAGUGCAAUCGACUCGAUAAAGCCGAAGAGUUUCUUGAACUCGCUGGGAGGAAGAAGUACGCCACUGCGAGGUCGAAACCAGGCGUGCGCGCGUACACGUCGUACAUCCAACGUUUGUGUCUGGCGAGACGGGUCGACGAGGCGAGGAAAGUGUUGUUCGACGGCAUGCUCAGAAGAGACAAAAUUGACGUGAAACCAAACGUGCACACGUUUACGGCGUUCAUUGACGGUCUCAACUACAGCGAAUUCGAAACGCCGGGGAGCUUAAAAGAAGAAAAGAAAAUCAUUACCGAGAUGUUUAAAGUGUUAGAAGUGAUGCAAGCGGUGAACGUGAAACCGACGACGGCGACGUUUAACGCCAUUCUCAAACGCGUCUCCGUCUUGUUCUCGUCCAAUUCCUCCGUGAAGAAUAAACGAGUGGACGACUACGCCAGAGUAGUCAUCGACGAGGUCUUUAAGAAGAUGGAAGAGGCAGAGUGUUCGCCAAAUCUCAUCACGUACAACACGUUAAUAGACGCCUCAGUAGCUUCGGAUCGACCGAACGAUGCGUACGAAUGGCUUUCGCGAUUAGCGGAGUCGGGAUUGAAACCAGAUCAGUACACGUACGCGACGUUGUUGAAAUUCUUCGCCUUGCGAAGAGACGCGAGCGGGACGAAAUGGGUCCUGGCAGAAAUCGAUCGUUUGCGCGUGCGCGUAGACGUGAGAGUAUACAACGCGGCGUUUAACGCCCUGGCAAAGAGCGGUGAGAUUGAUGAAACCGUUGAUUUGAUUCGCGAGUUGGAAAGUACGACGGGCGUUUCGCCAGACGCAGCGAGUUAUUUGGUCAUCAUCGACGCCUACGCCGCGGAUUCGAAAAUCGAAGAUGCGGUGAGAGUGUACGAAACGUUUUGUAGAGGCGAGAGCGAGGAAAAUGCGGCGAAAACGGACGCGCGAACGAGAUCGCGCAUGGUGAAGAUACUUUGUGAUUCUAAGAAGACCAACGCGUCGUUGUUUCGAGACGCGGACGGUUGGAUCGAGCGUAUCAUCGAAGAAGAUUCGGUUUCGGAAGACGAGAGAAUACAACUUCGUCAAGCUACGGCACAGUACUUGACGACAAAAUCGAGUAAUACCGCGGCGAACAGACAAAAGAAAAUGUUGUCGUCGUCGUUGUCGUCUUCUUCUCAACAGCAAAAAACCCCGCGCGUUGUCAUUCGCGAAGCGGUUUUGCUUCCGAGAGACAACGACGCCAACGUCGGUUCCCGAGACGAAGGCAUGUACGCCAUGUACUCGAUGGAAAAAGAAGACGACAGCGAUGAAAUCAAACUCACGAAAACAAACGUGCCUUGCGAUACGGAUCAAACUUUCAAAUGGGAUAGAGGUGUUGAGAUGUGGAAAUUUUGGUUAGGCAUUCCGAACCGGUACUAUCGCGAUGCGAAUUCACCUUUUACCGACGAAGACGAAGAGAAUCCUUUAUCAGGAUCAGGGAACGGGCCCGUCGAGGUUUAG